GCUUGUUGCGUUCUUUUUAGGCGAAAAGAAAGGAAUAAAGAGUGGGGGUAGGUCCAGAAAUAGAGUAAGGAAGGUGUGACACUUAUACUAACUUACAUUGCCUUCUUCUUCUCUUUUGGGAACUUCUUUUCCAUAAAUCGGAUAACAUGAAGGCGGUCGUGUUGUGCUUGUUUGUGUCAACGCUGUUGCUUUCUGCGGUUUAUUGUGCACCAAAUGAUGGGCUACGUAGGAUUGGGCUGAAGAAGAUUAAUUUGGACCCUAACAAUAGGCUUGCUGCUCGAAUUGGGUCUAAGAAUGUUGAUUAUCUUCGCUCUUCCAUUCGAAAGUUUAAACUCCAAAACAACGUUGGUGGCACCGAGGAAACCGAUAUUGUUGCGUUAAAGAAUUACUUGGAUGCUCAGUACUUUGGUGAAAUAGCCAUCGGAACAUCUCCUCAGAAGUUCACUGUCAUUUUCGACACAGGCAGCUCUAAUUUGUGGGUUCCAUCAUCUAAAUGUGCCUUCUCGAUUGCAUGCUACUUCCAUGCUAAAUACAAGUCUAGCAAAUCAAGUACUUACAGGAAAAAUGGGACUACUGCUGCAAUUCAAUAUGGCACCGGAGCAAUUUCUGGUUUCUUUAGCUAUGACAGUGUCAGAGUUGGUGACAUAGUUGUAAAGAAUCAGGAAUUUAUUGAAGCAACUAAGGAGCCUGGUGUUACAUUUUUGGCCGCCAAGUUUGAUGGUAUACUGGGACUUGGAUUUCAAGAGAUAUCAGUUGGCAAUGCUGUUCCAGUGUGGUACAACAUGGUUGAACAAGGUCUCAUUAAGGAACCGGUAUUUUCAUUCUGGUUCAACCGCAACCCAGAGGAAGAGGAAGGGGGUGAGAUUGUUUUUGGUGGUGUUGUUCCUGCUCACUAUAAGGGAAAGCACACUUACGUGCCUGUGACCAGAAAAGGAUAUUGGCAGUUUGAUAUGGGAGAUGUACUUAUUGCCGGUAAACCCACUGGAUAUUGUGCUGAUGGUUGUUCAGCCAUUGCAGACUCAGGGACUUCUUUGUUGGCAGGUCCAACGACUGUAAUAACUAUGAUUAACCAUGCAAUUGGAGCAUCUGGAGUUAUAAGCCAAGAAUGCAGGACUGUCGUUGCAGAGUAUGGACAAACAAUAUUGGAUUUGCUUUUGGCUGAAACACGGCCGAAGAAGAUCUGUUCCCAGAUUGGAUUGUGCACUUUUGAUGGGAUUCGUGGUGUUGAUACGGGUAUCAAGAGUAUUGUGGAUGAAAAUGAAAGAAAAUCAUCUGGUCGUCUUCAUGGUGCCGCUUGUUCUGCAUGUGAGAUGGCAGUUGUUUGGAUGCAGAACCAGCUGAGCCGAAACCAGACACAAGAUCAGAUACUAAACUACGUCAAUCAGCUUUGUGAUAAAAUGCCUAGCCCGAUGGGAGAAUCAUCUGUUGACUGUGGAAAUCUUGCUUCACUACCUGUAGUGUCCUUUACUAUUGGUGAAAGAACUUUUGACCUUCACCCAGAGGAGUACAUACUCAAGGUGGGUGAAGGUCCUGUGGCUCAGUGCAUUAGCGGCUUUACUGCUAUAGAUAUUCCACCUCCACGUGGCCCUCUCUGGAUCCUUGGGGAUAUCUUCAUGGGGCGUUAUCACACGGUAUUUGAUUUUGGUAAACUUAGAGUGGGAUUUGCUGAUGCAGCUUAGAGUUGUUAUCACGUGUCUCAGAAUAUAGCGAUCCUUGCUAUUAGUGUGUAUACCCUUGCAGUUAAAUUGGACCUAAAGUUCUGGCUUGUACAGGUUUUUAUUAAUGUUAAUACUUUGGGUGUUCCAUAAUAGCUUAACAGAUGUAUCUGUGGCUGCGACAUUAUCCCAUAACUGGGUACAAAGACUAUCUGAAUGUAUGUUUAGUUAUAGCUAUGGUUUUCAUAAUUAUUCCUUGUUU